GGAGCGACGUGUCCGGUGGCUCGUGAGGGGCGGCGCUGAGUAGAUGACGUUAGUAUGACUAUGGCCCAGCCUGGGGCGGUAGUGGCAGCUGCUGCGGGAGUCCUAGUUCUUCUCCUCUACUCCUCCAUUCAUAAAGUUGAUGAGGGCCACCUGGCAGUGUAUUACAGGGGUGGUGCCUUAUUAACCAGCCCAAGUGGACCAGGCUAUCACAUCAUGCUCCCAUUCAUUACCACCUUCAAAUCAGUGCAGACAACAUUGCAAACUGAUGAAGUAAAAAACGUGCCUUGUGGGACGAGUGGUGGGGUUAUGAUCUACAUUGACCGAAUAGAAGUUGUGAAUAUGUUAGCACCAUAUGCAGUGUACGAUGUUGUGAAGAACUACACUGCAGACUACGAUAAGACCCUGAUCUUCAAUAAAAUUCACCAUGAGCUGAAUCAGUUCUGCAGUGCACAUACCCUCCAGGAAGUGUACAUUGAGCUGUUUGAUCAGAUUGAUGAGAACCUGAAGCUGGCCCUGCAAAAAGAGCUGAAUGUCAUGGCGCCAGGUCUCACCAUACAGGCUGUGCGUGUUACAAAGCCCAAAAUCCCAGAAGCCAUCCGAAGAAACUUCGAACUAAUGGAGGCUGAAAAGACCAAACUGCUCGUAGUAGCACAGAAGCAAAAGGUUGUGGAGAAGGAGGCGGAGACGGAGAGGAAGAAGGCUCUCAUAGAAGCUGAGAAGGCGGCUGAGGUGGCCAAGAUUCAUUAUCGACAGAAGCUUAUGGAGAAGGAAACAGAGAAGAGAAUUUCUGAGAUUGAAGAUGCUGUUUUGCUAGCAAGAGAGAGAACAAAAGCUGAUGCAGAAUAUUACACGGCUCGGAAAAUGGCUGACUCUAACAAGCUGAAACUCACGCCAGCAUAUCUGGAGCUGAAGAAGUAUCAGGCCAUCGCUGCCAACAGCAAGCUGUAUUUUGGUAACAGCAUCCCCAGCAUGUUUUGGGAUUCCUGCACCUUCAAACAUGUGGCUGUGAGGACCGUGCCAGAAGCCAGCCUCCUUUCAAAGGAGGAUCCUGCACUCUCUGGGGAAAGCCACCUCAAAAAACCAGAGAGCACAGGCUGAUGCAAGAGGUGGAAAAGCUUCAGCAAGCUCUGGAAGAAGGGGCUGCAUCAUGCAGACCAGUGUCCUUCCCUAGUGUGCUACAGGGGCGCUGCCUGCCCUCUGCCAUGCCCCAGUGGGGCGGACACAGCACACACAGCCUCUUUCUACACAGAUGUGACAAUUGGGUUGAUUUCUUUAAGCAACAACUGUGUUGAGGGCUCUGCCUUUCCCUUUUCUCACUCCCUGUUUGUGCUGGUGCUUCCGAAUGAGGGACAAUCCUGUACUUAAACCUGCCUAUACUGGAAUAUUAAAGGACAGAAGCCAGGGAGCCUUCUGCAGGAGGUGCAGUUCUUUAGAAGGCCUGUGUUCUGCAUUACCCUUGCGGCAGGAGGUUUGGCCUAGGGGUCCUCGAGGGUGCUGGGUGAGUGGGAUGGAAAUCCUGGUCGUUUUGCUGCCCACGCCCUGAGGCUGGUCCGACUCGUUAACCUCCCUCAUACUGCUCUUAGGCCUGUUGCUCAUCUAGAUGUAAACUUAAUUUCUUCUUGUAAAAUGCUACUGACUUUUGUCUGGUUCAAGCCUCACCAUACACACCUGCUCAGAUCCCUAGAGGCCAGAGGCCCAGCUAGGAUGGGUUUGGUGACAAGUAGAUUUUUUUUUUUUUAAUAGGAACCAUAAUAGCUCUAAUCCUUUCUGUAGAUAGCAACACUAACUGCUGUGAACUCGGAACUAGUCUAUAAUGGUAAUGCCGUGCUAGCUGGGCCGCCUGUCUCCUUAGCUGCCCUAUGUGCAGUGAAGAUAGUGUUCCGCUCUUUGGUGCUGUAUGGCUCUGUCUCCUCCCAUCCAAAGAUGCGGAUUGAGGAGCAGGCAGCAUAUGGCGCCAGGUACUGAGGGCAAGGGGACAGACUUGUGAAACCUGCCCCAAGCACAUACGCCUCUGCCACCCCCCCAGCCUCCUCCCAGUUAGCUGUGCCUCCUCGCCCUGGGAGGUUUGCUACCUCUGCAUCUGGCAGACAAAGGGAGGAGAGCAAGUGCAGAUGCAGGACGCAGCGCUCCCAGGUCUGUGAUAAAGUGCCAUGUUUACACACCCACACCCCCUCCCUCCCUCUCAGUUGGCUGUCCUGCUGUCCAAGCAGGGAAUGGGCUCAACCUGCUGCUUCAGCUCAGUCUUGCUCCACCACGUCCGCAGCUCUGCCCCAGGGUCCCAGCAUCAGGCGGCUGAGCUUCUGGGGUGGGAGCUCUGCAGCAGCAGCUCCCACCUGGAGUCGUUUAAUUUGGGGGCAUUCUGGUUUUGAAUGAAGUAUUGUCGCUUCCCCAGAGAGCAGGCGCUCAGUGUGAACAGCUCCUGUCGCCCAACCCAUUGUCUGUCAGCAUUUUUGACCAUCCGUAAUGUCAUCAACUGAGCAGUGCUGCUUCUUGGGAUGCUGCCUGCUAGCUGCACAGGAAAGAAGCCCCCUGCUGGGGAUACUGUGCUACAUCUGCUGUCUGCCCCUUGACCCACUGCCCUAGGGUGGGGGGAAUUCCUACAGGAGCUGUGCUUGGUGUAGUCUCCUCCCCUCCCUUCCAAUGGUAGGGCCACUGUUCAGGUGGUAUUUCACAUACUGUUGUGUAGACACUUCCUUUUUAAGUCCUGGAGUGUGUGUGAAGGGGUGGGGCUUAGAUCACUGGGGUUGGUUCCAGAAUUUCUUGCCUCCCAUCUGGCCCUGACCCUGCUCUGCUAAGGUGGAAAAAGAGCAGCCUCAGCCACCACAAUUGGAGUCUACGUGCUCGUCCCACCCUGCUGGCUCCGAGGGCUGCACCAGCCAACUCAGCACUGCGGGUGCUUCCCAGAGAUGCUGGGUACCUGCAUCUUGCCCUGCAGUUGACGUUGCAGGGAGCGUGGAGCUGGGGCUUGCCUGGGGAGGGGGCCAGACCCGGGACUUGGGGCUUGUCUGGGGAACGUGCUCUGUAUUUUUUCCUGAAUGCUAAUAAUUUACCUUGUUCUCUGAAGUAUUCAAUUCAAGGUUUAAAAACCUGAACCUGCCUUAGCACCUGCUGAUGGUCUCCUGAGUGGGAACAGGGCUCUCACCAGGGACUGGCCCCCACACUGAUUUUUGUGCCGAUUUAACUAUUUUACUCGGGGAGGUUGGGGGGAGUGUUUCCCCGGUUGAAAUAGUUAAAUGAGUGUGAGCCCUCGUGUGGGCGCUGUUACACUGGUGUGAAGGUUCCCCUUCCUCUGCAGGACUAGCAGUACCGCUCCAACCUCCUUUGUCUGGGUAUAGUUGUGGCCACACUCAGGGAGUUGGCCUGCUCUGUCUUACUGUGAGUGGGGUACAAUUUGUAUGUGGACAGGGCCUGAGGCUUGGCGCUUUGCUUCUGGCAUUUCUGUUCUUCCUUGUGUCUGCAGAUCUUAUGUGGCCAAACGGCUGUUCUCUCCUAGGCAUUGCUCCCACGCUGUGCUGCCUCGCUCCCCUGGGGGACAGAUGCCCCCUUUCUACUUCGCAGCAUGUGCCCUGUGAGUCUCACUGGAGCUAGCUAUUGUUCUCAACCCACUGCCCCUUCUGCAGCGUUUCUGCCUUUGCUUUGUUCAGCCGGAGUGCAUCAUGCAUCUCUUGGAGGAUGUGUCCCAGCAUGAAUACAGUGUGCUUUACAGACCUGUUGCUCUGCAUCCACUUUGCUGUUGGCUUGUCAGCUGUUUGGGGUGCACUCCCUGGCUCCCAUUUAGUUGCUGCAGCUAGAGUAUUCUCUUGCCCAGAUACUUUCAAGCUAGUACCAAUAGGAAGGGAAGGCCCUGUGACUCCCUGUGCAUUGGGCUGUCAGCAUUUGCUUUGCCAGUCUCUUAGAGCCCAGCUAGGGUGGGAACCAAGGAACAAUUAGCCACCGGAGGAUUAAAAUGCCAUGCAGCCUCCUGGAGCCAGGCAGCAGCAGAGACGGCACUUCAUCUUGGCUGGGAGUUUGUGCACUCCUGCAGUUUCUGGGGUGAGGACAGACGAACGUUACCAUAGUGCCAUUGGCCCCUUGCCCCACUGUGAUAAGAUGGGAGAAGAGCAGGCUCAUCCACCAGAACUGGAGUCUACAUGCUCAUCCCACCCUGCUGGCUCCAUGCUGAGUUGAAUGGCACAGUCCUGCCAACAGCCCCCUGGCAGUUCCACCAUCUCGUGGAGAGAAGCCAGGCAUUGCCAAGCAGCCUGUGGCCAGGUGGACUUGUCAGAGACUUUGAAAUAGCAGCCUCUGAAUCUGCAUCCUGGCCAGGGAGCACUCGCCUGCUCUGUUGUUGAAGGUCUGCUAGGUGAGAUGGCCCUGAGCCCCCUGCUGUAAUGACCAGCAGCCACAGCACACUGGGGGUCUCACCCUUGACGAGUGCUGCAGAGGCCGCCCGGCAGAGCCAAGGUUGGAGGGAGAGGGCUGCAGGUGGUCCUGGGGAGGUACUCCUAGGCAAGGACUGGCCAGGAAGAAGAUUGGACCAAGUGGCAGUAAAGGUUGACUGAGUCAGGGGCUUGGAGUGAGGACUGGUCAGGAAGGGCCUUAAUAAGGCAGACAAGAGCUUGUCUUAGAUGUGGUAGUGAAAGGGGAGAUAGUGGAGGGGCAGAGUGGGUGAGAUGGAGUCUGAUGAGUCGAGAAAUUGAUUUUGUAGCCACGUUCUGCAUUUGUGUAAGGGGGAUGAGGUGAGAGGGGAGGAGACUACCAAGACAGAGUGGAUCAUAGGACAGUUCAGGGUGAUGUUAGUGGUGAUGAUGGUUUAAAUUUAGUUUCUUGCAUUUAGAAAGAUUCUGCCUGAUUGAGAGAUUUCCUUCAGCUUAAAAUGGGGACAGUUUCCAGUCUCCCACACUGUACUGGGCACUGCCCUCUAGAGAUGGCUUUGAGGAGUAACCAAUUCCUGCUCCCUGCUAUUAAGGACAGUCACUGCCCUGUGCUUAUGGCCUCAGCCAAUUAACUGCUUUUAGCUAAAGUAGCUGUGUCCUGUCCAAUGUCCAGGUUGCAAAGAAGGCUGCUGGAAUGGAAGAACCCUUAGGAGAAGGGUUGAGGGAGAGGCCUGUCUCACCUGCCUCCAUCCUGAUCUAUUCUUCCCAUGUAACCCUCCUCCCUGUGGCCAGUUCCUGACAUGUGGCUCAAGCCAGGAGUGUUUGUAGCCAAAUGUGAGACAAUGGCAAACCCCUUAAUGCAGUGCUGAAGAAUAGGUCGUGUGAGCAAGGGGGUGCAAGUUGCUCAGGCUGUGCUUCACCUUGUUCACACCAAUCAGUUCACUUAGACGUCACUUCUUGGGCUCAGGCCAAAAUUGGUGUGUGAGAGGG